UCUGGAAGCCAUAUCUCUGAGUUCUGAGUGGGCGCAUGUCGCAGGUGUGCUGUGCUGCUGUUUACAUACAUGAAAAGUGUGUUCUGCACUUUUGCGUUCAUCGUUUUUUCCUGUUUCAUAGCAUUUCUUUGCCGCUCUGACGCCGACUUCGAUCUCUGUCGCGAGUUGGCAACAUUCUCAGAGGGUUCUGACAUCGUCUUUUUCUCGCGGCUAGCGGCUUUCAUCAUGUCGCAGGACCGGGGGAAGGAUCCGGUAGACUCGUUCACAACCGCCCGACAAGGUCAUAACACGAAGACGUUUGACUCGCCGUUCAAGGUCGACCCGAAAGUCGACGGCAAGAGGGACGACCCGGUGUGGCAUUUCGUAGCCAGAGGGCGUUAUUUGGAUGGGUCGACGACGGCGGGUAGGAAGAGCGGUCGUCGAUGCCUGUGCAGGUUGUGCGGGCGUUCGAUUUGUGGGGGCGCUAAAGCCGUCAAGGAACACUUCUCGAAGAGCGAGAAGUUCCGAUGUGAGGCAGCCACUCCUGCUGUGUGGUAUGCGAUCUGGUCGAAGGACAUGACAAAAUGUCCGAAGGAGUUCGCGUCGGCCAUAGAAACGUUGCAGAGCUUAUUGUCAGGCCAUCCGAGCUUGCAGUGGCCACCUCUUCGAUUCCCCGAGGACGCAGUGCCGCCGCUGAUUCCUGCCACCGCCCCUUCAGGACCGGUCGCAUCGCCCAAUUUUGGGGCUCCGGCUAUUCGAGUCACGGUAGCGCGUCCUGCAACAACAGUUGCAACACGACCGACAGCCCCGCCAUCUGCACCGCUGGCUGGGACACGAGGUGCUCGCGAUGUGGAAGUUGGUCGUUCCGCGCCAGCCAACGAGCCCCCGCCAGUGAGGGAUAGUAUGGGCUCCGCGACAUUUGACGAGGAGAGCACACGUGCUUUUAUUGAGAGUCGCAGGUGGGGGGGGAGUGCCGGCAAUUCAGCAGUGCUGGCCCCUGUGUUCAGGAGUGGUAGACAGUCAGAUGCCGCACGGGGUGGUACUGCAGUGGCGCCUGGCGCAUCGCCCCGCGGUUCUUCGGAGCACCCCUGGCUGCCACCGCCACCGUCGCGAGCAUCGCAACGUCCAGUGGUCCACCACGCUCACGCAACCGCCCUCCCGGAUCCGUCACACGCACCUGCAGAUGCUCGACAAUCUGCCUCCGUGCCUCGUUUUGGGGAACAGGCGGAUCAUGGGGUGCCUGCCGAGGAGGUCUCCGCUCCGGUGUCCGAUUCAUCGCCGACCCUGAUUCCGACAACGACGCGUGGUGGUCGGUCUGCCCCACAGCCUCCACCCGUGUUAACCGGAUCGUUAGAACCUUUGCAGCGCAUUCGCGACCUUGCAGUCGCGCAGAGCGCGGCACCUGUGAGUCUUGGCGGGUUGUUGGAUGCCGGGGUCCUCGGCGGGAGAGCCACGACGGGUCGAACCCGGGGCACUUACAGGCAGCAGGCCGUCACGUCAUAUUAUUCGGACCCUUUGGAGCGAGCGUGGCAUCUGCAAAUCAUGCGGUUCAUCGUCGAGAGCGGGAUGUCGUUCAACUGCACGAAGCUUGAAAGCUUCAAACGCAUGUUCACGAUGAUAAUCCCGUCGGGGGUUCCACGGGCGCCCGCGCCUAGACUUCCCUCCUACUACAUGCUGCGCACGACCCUUUUGGACGAGCUGGAUGGCGAGGUCCAGAAGUGUGUUCGGUCGGUGCUUGACACGUCGAAAGAGACCGGUUGCACAAUCAUGACCGAUGGUUGGACCAACAUUCGUGGUCAGACGUUGUGCAACUACCUUGUUGGGACAGAGAUCCGGGUAGCGUAUGUGGCCACCGACGUCAUGCACGGCAAAAAGGACGUCAGUGCCCUCGCAAACGCAUGGUUGAAAAGGAUGAAGUCCAUGGACAUUGAAUUGAGCGACAUCACAACGUUCGUGACGGACUCCCGCGGGGUGAACGUCGCGGCGAUGGAGGUAUUCCAAAAAGAUGAGAGCGUGAAACACAUCUUCUGGAUUCCUUGCAUCGCCCACAUCAGGGACCUCAUUCUCGAGGACACCGGCGGGAUUGAUUGGGUGGCUUCCCGCAUUGCGCAAGCGAGGCUGGUUAUACGGUUCUUCAAGCGUCAUGGACAUGCGAGAGAGACUGUUUGGUCGACCAGCAAGAUCCGCAAGGACGCCGCGGAGGUCACUGCGUGUAUCGGCUCCCCUCUAUGGUGGGAGGAUUUGAGAGCUUUGUGCAAGAUGCUCGAGCCCAUCAUGGACAUGCUGAGGUUGGUGGACAGCGACACACGCCAGAUCAGCAAGAUUCUGCGACGUUACGAGGAGACGAUUGCAUCUUGCUUAUCCGCAUGUCGUGACAUUGAUCGGGACCAGCAGGACGUUAUUGUGGAGGUGUUCCUCAGGCGGCGCACCAUGUUCAAGACCCCAGCCCACACAACAGCCAUGUUGCUAGAUCCAGAGUUCCGGAACGCGACGCUGUGUGACGAUGCGGAGGUGCAGCAGGCCUUGGUCGAGGCUCUAAUCCAGUUCGGCUACCCGCAGGGAUCGCCGCAGCACCGGGAGGUCCAACGAGCGGUCGCCAAACUCCACACGAGGGAGCCCCCUUUCGAUGAGCUCACCAUGCGGCCAGCUGUGGAUAUCUUUGAUCACCCUGCCAGUUUUUGGUCCUCUAAGAAGGCGAAGUUCCCUCACACGGCCGUGUUUGCUGGCAGGAUCCUUCGUAUAUGGGCGACCACAUCACCGUGCGAGAGAGCCUGGUCUUGUUGGAGCUUCAUUCAUUCGAAGUCUCGCAACAGGUUGGAGGUUCCCCGGGCUGAGAAGCUUGUGCGGUGCCACUGGAACCUCAGGCUACUCGAUCGACCUUCGUUGUGCGACGAUGGUGUUGGAGAGUGGCCCGACAUCUUCGGGAAAUGGCGGUUGAGACGCGGGGGCAGACGGGAUGAGAGUAUUGUGUCCCAUGUGCGCAGACGUCGUGUCCACAUCGCGACCGACACGAGGGCACGUGUCAUGCGGCAGGACCCGGUUGCCGUGUCAAAGGACGAGAUGGGAGAUCCUUCCAACGAGACGCGGCCGCCGGUUGGUGGCACUGAGGAGGAGACGGAGUUCGGAGGACCCGGCCCACUCCGCCAGGCGCAGACUCGGUGCACUCCAGCAGGCGCCCCGGUCCACUCCACAGGAGCGGGUUUGGAGGACGGCGAGGCACGACGUGAGCCGCCUUCUCACACGAGUGACGGUGGUCUAGAGGAUGGAGAGGUUGCACCUACUCCCACUUGUGGACAGGACGAGGAGGACGAACGUCCUCCGACGGGCCACCACGUCGGCCUCGACUGCCCGCCCGACAGUCUUCCGCGCACCGAUGAGUUAUUGACCAUGGAUUCCGCCUUGGCAUUUAUGCCCGAUGUAUCGCUAAUGAUAUCUCCCACUUUGGCGGUUGUGGCACCACCGGAGCCUGCUGAACGAGAUGACGCGCGUCGUGACAGAGGGUUCGACGAGUUCGGCGGCGAUACGAUACUGCAUCCUCCAGAGUCCGGCACUCCCGCCAUUUUUCAUGUCGGUGGACCGUGGGCGGUGGAGCAGGGGUUGGCGGAGGAAGUGGCACGGAACCGUCGUGGAGGACCGCCCAUCGCAGCGCAACGUAGUCUGGGAGGUUCACUAGAGGCAGCGUCUGGAGAUUUUGCGGCGCAGUUAUCGGACGGCGUGUCAUCGGUCUGUCCACCGGACGAGGGCCCUCAGCGAGAGCCACAUCGAGGCUCGAAGGAGACUUUAGAGGCGAGGCCUCCCGGAGUUAUCCGCUCGGACGGAGGCGAGGGCGUGGGCCAUGAUACAGCGCAGCCAGGGAGCGCAGACGCUGGACGGUCCAUCGGGGGGGGCAUCGAGCGCAUAGGGUCAUCGACCGCACACACCAACAUUGUUAGGCCCAGCGCACACGACGUUGGGGACGCGCACACAGAUGAGCCUCGACCGCAUUUGAUGGGGAUGCGUGACAUCAUGCGUCCACCACCCUCACGCUCCCCUGUCGCUAACCCCGUUGCCCACGGGCAGGCCUCGCAGAGCGCAUUGCCGACGAGGUCUUUCUACGACGGUGCGGCCAUGGACCGGAGGGCGGGCGAUAUCGGACAUGCAUCAACAUGCGGACCGGCAGAUGUGCCCGCAGGGGCGCGAUUGAUCGGCAACGUCGAUGGUACUUCUCACGAUUCCAUGAGAGCUUACAAGGAGCAGCAUGGGAGGCCUAUACGGGCCAAGACGACCGAUGUCCAUGACACCAGGACGGCCACUGCGAGGCUAUCACGGGCGAGGAAGAAGGGAACAGGUGCGUCGAUUCCGUAUCACCAGCGCCGCCCGCAUCCUUUUUUCCGCAACAGUGACGAGACCAGACAGAUGCCAGCUGCUGCAGAUGGAAGGGGCGGGGUGGACGGAGGUGACAGAGUGGACGAAUCACGGCGAGGUGAAAAGAGACGAGGCGGCACGAUCAUCAUCCACGACGACAGCUCCACAGCCGCUGAGUGUGGUGAGACCACAGGCGCCGACGAUCCUGAUGACUCCGAUUACGUCCCAAGGAUCCGGACGGCGAAUGGAGAUGACGGCGGAGGUCGUCGCGGUGUUGGGGUUGAGGCGCUACCCCUCUGAGGGUAGCGCAACAGGGUUCUGAGGUUGCUUCAGUUGAACGAUGCUCUGAGUUCAAUAAACAGUGUUAAUACUG